CAUGCUUGUAUAUAUUACGUAGCGGUGCUGUUCGACGCCUUUCACUCCAUGACGCAACACAAUUUCGCGACAACGUUAUAUCGCCUUCUACCUCCAAUCAGCCCUCUGUUGUGCGACGCAGCUCUGAACUUCCAAUACCACGGCGACCCUACUACCCGCCACCCCUCCAGAAGCUAGGAAUGAAGACCAUUGGUGUUUUUCCUGCCUCCGGUGGCCUUGGAGGCAGCACGGCCACUCAUCUGCUCAAGCAUGUGCCGGGAGAUCAAGUGACCUUGAUUGCCCGCUACCCUGACAAGACAGGUUCCAUUCCCGGGGCGGACAAAGCAUGCAUCAGACAAGCAUCGUACGAAUCGUCUCCAACGGAGUUGGAAGCAGCUUUUCGAGGGUUAGAGGUUCUUUUUCUCAUAUCCUACCCCAGCCACGUGCGGGACUAUCGCGUCAAGGUCCAGCUGCCCGCCAUAGACGCAGCACACAGGGCCGGGGUGAAGCACAUACUUUAUUCAUCUCUCGGUUUUGCGCUACCUGACGAGAAGGAAAGCCUGGCCGAAGUCAUGCUGGCCCAUCUCGAGAGCGAGGAGCAUCUGCGAAAGAUUGCUGCGGAAGACCCUGCUUUUACAUGGACAAGCGUCCGGGAAGGCCUCUACCACGAGUCGUUCCCCAUUUACACGUCUUUCUGGUCUUUGCAAGCCCCAACUGAUGAGAUAUGCAUCCCCCACAACGGGGGUGGACCGGGGAUCAGCUGGGUCAAGCGUGACGAACUCGGCGAGGCCACCGCCAAACUCAUUACACAGUAUGCUUCAUUGCCGUCGGCAACGUCCUGGCCCCAUAUCAACAACAUCGUCUCUCUCACUGGCCCGCGCGAGCUGACGCUUGCCGACACUGUGCAAAUUCUUGGGAAAACGGUUGGAAGGUCGGUUCGCAUUCGGGAGGUAGGCUUCGAUGAGUGGAUUGCUCAACCCCAGAUUCUGGAAUAUUUCGGCGACAAGGAAAAUGCAAAGACAUGGGCCACGGCGUGGGAUGCGAUUCGCGCUGGGGAGACAGCGUUUGUUAGCUCCACGUUGGAACAAUUACUCGGGAGGAAGCCUCAGGAAUUUGAUGUAGCGAUCCAGGAAAUGGCUCGUAGCUGAAGCUGAUGAUCAUGUCAAAUGUUGGCGUUUCUGAAUGGAAGGAAAAUGGGCAUACGCGUAUUUUAUUGAUUUUAUAGAGGAGAUCAUCUUGCCGCCAUCAUUAACGUACAUGCUUGCUCUAAAUCAGCGGACACAGCCUCGCUGGCUCAAUACUUACACUGCCACUGUCCUGUCCUGUCCUGUGGCUUGGGUGACCACCUCAGUGCAGCUUGUGAUACGCUGUGCAUGUCUCAGGGCGGCUGCCUGCCACGUCACAAGGCAGACGCAACUACAUGUACAUGUACGAAAGUGCAUUCUAGGCUUUGGGCCCUGGCGUUUGCUUAUAUAAAUACAGGCGAAUCCCGGU